UCUUUCAUAACCUAGACAGAGCCCACAGAGACUCGUAGAGAGCAAGAAAGCGAGAGGAAAGGAGAAGAAGGAUCGGAAGAAGAAGGUAAAGAAAGAAGAAGAAGAUAGAAAAGAACAGAGAUGGCUUCAAGACCGAUUGUUCCCCAACAAGCAACAAGAGGUGAGGCAGAUUUAGGAGGAGCAGGAAAGCAGCAGAAGAAAGCUGCCGCAGACGGAAGAAACCGACGUGCUCUCGGCGAUAUUGGUAAUCUUGUGACUGUUAGAGGCAUUGAGGGCAAGCCUCUUCCUCAAGUUUCUCGCCCUAUAACUAGGAGUUUCUGUGCACAAUUAUUAGCCAAUGCUCAAGCGGCUGCAGCGGUUGAGAAUAACAAGAAACAAAUUUGUGCUAAAGUGGAGAAGGCCCCAGUUGCUGUUGCUGGAGCUGCAGUGGCAGUGGAGAAAAGAGCUGUGGUACCAAAAGCAGGUCAGAAGAAGGUCACUGUUAAGCCAAAGCCUGAAGAAGUGAUAGAGAUAAGCCCAGAUACAGAGGAAAAGGUGAAUGCUGAAAAGCAUGUAAAAGCUCCAGUCAACAAGAAUAAGGAUGCAGAUGUAUCAUCCAAGAUUUCUUACUCUUCAGUCCUAACUGCUAGAAGCAAGGCUGCUUGUGGUUUGGCCAGCAGACCAAAGGAUCAGAUUGUCGACAUUGAUGCAGCAGAUGCUGAUGAUCAUCUGGCUGGGGUUGAAUAUGUUGAGGAAAUAUACAAAUUCUACAAGUCCGAUGAGAACGAGAGCAGGCCACAUAACUACAUGCAAAAUCAAUGUGAGAUCAACGAGAAGAUGAGAGCCAUCCUUGUGGACUGGUUGAUAGAAGUCCAUCACAAGUUUGAACUCUCUAAUGAAACUCUGUAUCUCACUAUCAAUAUAAUUGAUAGGUUCCUUUCUGCAAAGAUCGUGCCCAGGAGAGAAUUGCAAUUGGUUGGCUUAGGUGCCAUGCUAAUUGCUUCCAAAUAUGAAGAAAUCUGGCCACCUGAGGUGAAUGACCUGGUCUGCAUUGCAGACAAUGCUUACAGUCACCAACAGAUAUUGGUGAUGGAGAAAACAAUUCUUGGGAAGUUGGAAUGGUACUUGACAGUGCCAACACACUAUGUUUUCCUUGUCCGGUUCAUCAAAGCAUCAAUUCCAGAUAAAGAAAUGGAAAACAUGGUCAAUUUUCUUGCUGAACUGGGCAUUAUGCAUUAUGAGACCAUAAAGUACUCUCCAUCAGUGGUAGCUGCAUCAGCCGUGUAUGCAGCUAGAUGUACUCUGAACCAGAUCCCUGCUUGGACGGAGACCCUAAAGCUCCACACCACUUACUCAGAGUCCGAGCUGAAGGAAUGUGCUAAAUUGCUGGUGUAUCUGCACUCAAAGGCUGGAGAAAGUAAGCUUCAAGCAGUUCACAGGAAGUACUCUAAUUCUCAAAGAGGCCGUGUGGCUUUACUUACCCCAGCUAAGAGUCUCUUGCCUGAGCAGAAGUCUACUUAAAAGCCCUCUUGGCUUUUCUUGGUGGUGAUAGAAAGGAAGAAAGAAAGAAGAAGGAAAGGAGAGAUUGAUUUGCGAUUGUGGAAAAAAGAUGAUUUUUUUCCUUCGGUUUUGUAAAGUGAAACAUGACUUGCAAUGCGUUUGAGUUUGGAGUUUGAA